AUGCCAUUUCCCACGCGCUCCAGGUGCUUGCCGGUACGCGUAGCUGCUCCUUCUCUUGACGAAAUCUGUACUGUGCUCCAGAAUACGGCUAAGCGCGAGGGGGUUCAGCUGCCUAGUCAACUGGCCUCCCGAAUUGCUGAUGCCUCUGAAAGAAAUUUGCGUCGUGCUCUUCUUAUGGCUGAGGCAGCUAGAGCGCAGCAUUGUCCUCCCUUGCCCGACCAGCCGGUUCACUUACCCCAGUGGCAGGUCUAUCUGAAUGAGACAGCUCAGGCUAUUCUCUCAGAGCAGAGUCCAAGACGGUACGCGUUAUUAUUUCCCCCCUCUUUUUGA